AAUCAUGGAUCACCACAUCAAAAACUAUUGAUGUACUGUAUGGUGACUAACAUAACAUAAUAAAAUUAAAUUAAAUUAAAAAAAAUAAAGUGAAAAGUGUCAGGAAAUUUUAUGACUUUGUUUUCAGUUAGAAGCUAGGACAAGUUUGUUAGCCCUAGGCUUGCAUUCCUAUUGUUCAAUUAUUUGUUUUUGGUUUUGCUACAAGUAAAGAGAAAAUUAUUUGUUUUUCUCCUUAGAAUGGAUUUUUUUUAAAAAAAUAAUACUGAAGUUUCAGCAGCAAAAGAGAAUAAUAUUUACUGUGGUUACUUGGAGGGAUCAAUAGUGUGUCAUGUAUCCUUCUGGGCUAGGAAGGUUUUGUCUUUCAAAAUGGCCUUGUGUGGCUACAGGCUCGAGCUCAACCAGUCAGUUAUAAACAGAAAGCACUUUCAGUGAGCUAGAUUGUCAAGAUGGGUGGGAUGGGUGCCUCUUCCUGGUUCCCUGAUGAGAGAACUGGAGGCGUACCCUGAAUCCCAACUAGCCUUUAGAGCAGCAAUCCUAACUGGUGUUCAAUUUACUGCUGGGCCCUGGCGGCUCAUGGGAAAUCUGCAACAGGACAGUGGCUGGGAGAAGACUCUUCUUUCAAGAGGAUCUUGGAGGCUGUUCUAGGUAACACCCAUCUGAAGAGGCUCUCUGAAAGCUGCCUGGAGAAGUUAAAUGUGAUAAAUGCUUGGAUGUCGGCUCCUUGAGGAGCCAUUAGGAGGGACCUACCUCCUUAGCCAAGUAGCUUCCACACUGUGGUGUGAAUGUGGUUUGCAUGGGGUCAUUAAAUAAACAAGUGCUGACAAUUUUGCAUAUGUGCUUGGUGAUAUUUAUUAUACCUUCUUCAAGGAACUGGAGGGCCAUGUUUAUUUAAAUCAGUAGAAUCCAUACGUUCCCUCAGCUCGGUGCAAACAUGCCCAGGCAGCCGGAGCACGCCUGAAGUGACCAGUUGGCUUGGUCUGUCAUGGUCUGUGCUCUCCAGAAGAACAACAGCUGUAGGACUCUUAUUUUUGUGAUGUGGAGCAUGUCUGGGUGUGUGGCAGGGGGAACUGAAAUGUCUUCUGCUGACUUUUUAUACUUUCAGAUUUUUUCGUCGCUCAUUUUGGAAAAGGGAAGCCCUCACUGGGGCCAAAUUUAUAGGUUUUUCUGUAAAUGAGUUUUUUGUGUUCCCCCCCGCCGCCAAACUCCACUGGUGACUGACUUCCAGUGGUGGGAAGGUAACGGGGCUGAACUUCUCACCCUGUAAAAGGAGAUUCCUAGUGAGGCUCAUGUUUAGGUGAGAAGACUCUUCUCAGUGGCAGACACUUGGAUGCUCCCAAGAGACUUAAUGGGCCUUCAAACCACGGGAUACAUGGUGAGGAAGCUUCAGGCUUUGAGGACAUGCUACCUGGAGCUGCAAUUUGAUGAGGGGGGCUGUUAAAAUCUCUGGUCAACUCUACUCUGGGACACUGCCCUUUCAUCCUCUCUGCUUAUGUAUUAUCAUUUUGACCUUCUGUUUUAUUUUCUUUGUCUCUUAUUAUUAUUUUAAGAAAUUAUUUUAAGACUCUUAAAAUUUUUCUUUUAAGUAUUCUAGUUUAGUUGUCUUAAAGCUAGCUCAGUUCGGGGAUCCAGAAGCCCCAAAGCAAAGCAAUCAUGAUUUCAGACCAAGUUCUUUUCUUAUCCCAAAUUUGUAUCUGCGGGCUCGUUUCUCAUGCUGGCGGCAGUAAGGAGUACAGUGUUUACUGUAGAAUUAGAAACAUUUAUUGUUGCUUCCCAAAGGUCAGGGUGAAAGGCACCGACUGCAAGUUUUGGCUUUGCACACACACUUGGCCAUCGGGCUCCUUUGGGAAUUGUCCCGAGGCUUCUGAUUCCGAUGGGUCAUGGCCACUUUGCCAAGACACUGUGGGAAGCACCCCCGCUCAUGCCUGCACACUUGUAGUCAGUUGCAGGAUUCCCUGGCAGCUGGUUUGGACUCAUAGCUGGGUAUGCAGGAGAUCCUUGAGAGCUGGGGGAGUUUUGUGACUGCAAGAGGAAGAGGUGGGGACUUAGAAACUGCUCUCCUUAUGGUCGCUGUGCUGGGCACACCUGUUGACACUGUGGGUUUGAAGGAAGUCCAGACUUCAGAAGCUGAUACCCUCUGCUCACAGCACCUCCCCCAAGCCUGCUUUGUUCAUUGAUUCGAAAACAACAGGAGGCAGGAAGCCACCACUUGACAAGAUCCUGGAAAUGCCCAGCUGGCCCCUUAGCAGCCAAGUGUUCGAUGUGUCCACUUCCUGGGAGGGAGUGGGCUCGGGAGUCCUGUGGGCCCUUCCGCAGAAGUGCACAUGCAAACGGAGGGGGUUAGCCUCGUACCUGCCUUUGAGCGGCUUGAGAUGCCUACCUGUGAGAAUGAGUCUUUCUUGUCCCCCGGCUGAAUGACGGGUGUGACCACAGUGCUCAGACCCCCAAAUAACCCUGUCCCCUGAGUUUCUCCCCAGGGCAUGAUGCCUCAGGCUAUACUCUGUGCCACAGAAUAGCUGGAAACCCAAUUGCAGACACGCAUAGCUUGAGUGCUACGGGUGUGAACAAAGCCGAUGUGGCUGUGGAUGACUGAGCAUGAGUGAGCAGAGUGUGGGAGGGCAGGUCUGCCCCUUCAGGGCCCACCCGUGCUCUGGGGCCAAUGCUGGGCCUCAGUGAUCAUGAGGGGAAGUGGCACAUGGAAUCUGUGCAGGGGUGAGGCACCCAGAAGGAGGGUUACAAGGGGGAUUAAGAAAUAGCUGGAAGGAUGGGACGUUUGUUCAGACUCUACGGGGGACCUGCUAUCCGUCUGCAGAGGCUGGAAGCGGGUAUGGCUACUAACACGAAUGAUAAUAUUAGCUCGCGUUUCUUUAACGCUUGCUCGGUGCAGUCUCUGCGUUAAGCGUGUACCCUCCCCGGCAUGUACCUUUAGGAUCCUCACUGUGUAGAUGAGAAGGCCGUAGAUGGAUUAUGAAUGGCGAGUUUCAUCAGAAGGCAAAUGCAAGGGAAAUUGGUGCUUGUUACCAUGUGGUCCGUCAAGUUGGAGGAAGAGCCUCCCGGCGCUGUAGCUCCCCAGAGGAAGGCGGAAGUGGGCGGGGGACCGGAAGGCAAAGACCACGCAGGUGGACGUGGCUUUGGGAGCAUCCCGCGUGUUACUGCACUGAAUCCUCACAACCACUGUGGGAGACAUGAAUCAGUGAGGUCCAGGGUGUUAAAAAAUCAUCUGAGACCUGUCUACCAGUAAGCAACAGCCCCGAUUUGAAUACGGGUAUUUUUGGCUCUCAAGUCCACUGUUAAUGCUGCUUAUAGGAAUACCUGCUCACAGGCAGUCCCCGGCCGCCGGCACCGGGCUGGAUCUCUCUCCGCUCCACACUCGGGUUUUGGCCUCAAUUUCACAUGUUUUAACUGUUGCAUUGCUGUCUCUCCCGCUAGAUGCAAGAUGCAUGGGGGCAGGGCCCACAGCUGUGUUGUUCAGUAAUGUGUUCUUAGUGCCCCGGGAUAUUUGAAAGAAUGAAUGAAUAUCAAUAGAGAUCCCUUGUUAUGACGGGGGUAAUUAAAAAGAAGAUAAUAAACCUAUUAGGACGUUAGAGGGAGAUUCUUAUGUUAGAUCAGGGAUGAAUUAUCAGUGGUUCUAACCCCAGCAGAGCUUCAGAAUCUGAAAGACUUUAAAAAUACAGAUUCCUAGGCCCACAUCAACCCCCCAGAAUCAGAACUCUCUGAAAGUCUGGGUAUCUGCAUUGUGCAUCUCUUCCUGGUCAGUUCUGCUACUUGGCCAGGUUAGGAAGCCCCCUUGGAUGCAUUUGAGUCUGGGGUUCUCGGCGUCAUGUGUCCCCAGGGUUCUGUACGCUCCCUUUCCCUCUUCCUACUGCCUCACUCUGCCUGCUAGGCUUCCAGGCCAGGCUGUGCGUGUGCCUUGGGCAUGGCUGGAGGUCUGGUGCUGGGUCAGGCAUGGGUUCUGAUCAGCUGGGUAUUUACUGAGCAAAGUUCAGCCAGGGUAGCACUAUGGUUCCAGGUUUAAUAGAUACCCAGGCUUUCAGGCUUUUGAUUCAGAGCCCGGUCCCUGGGACCCUUUUUGGUGGAUGAUAAUGGACUCCCUGUGUGAGUCCCCAGGGCCAGUGGUACUCACUCUUCUUGGCUGACCCCGGCCUGCCCUCCAAAGACCCAGGGGCCUAGGCUGUGGGCCGUCUGGGUGGGCAGACUGUCACUGCCCAGCCAUGACUGCUGCUGGCUUGCUCUCCCUGGUCAGGAAGUACCCUGUUCCAGCUCAGUGCUUUGGUUUCCCAGCUUUGAUGACAAAAGGCACAGGGAACCUUCUCUCCUGGGGGGCCACAGAGAACCUGGGAAUCAUUCACUCACCAGUGACGUUGCUUUUCACAGCCACAGCUCCAGAACAAGCCCCGGCCCCACCCCGGCCGUACCAGGGGGUCCGCGUGAAGGAGCCCGUGAAGGAACUGCUCCGGAGGAAACGUGGCCACGCCGGCAGCGGGGCGGCUGUCACACCUACGGCGGUGGUGCUGCCCCAUCAGCCCCUGGCGACCUACACCGCAGUGGGUCCUUCCUGCCUUGACAUGGAGGUCUCUGCUUCCACGGUGACGGAGGAGGGGGCCCUGUGUGCCGGCUGGCUCUCCCAGCCUGCCCCGGCCACCCUCCAACCCCUGGCCCCGUGGACACCCUACACAGAGUAUGUGUCCCACGAAGCCGUCAGCUGCCCCUACUCAGCGGACAUGUACGUGCAGCCCAUGUGCCCGAGCUACACGGUGGUGGGGCCCUCCUCUGUGCUGACCUACGCCUCCCAGCCGCUCAUCACUAACGUCACGACGAGAAGUGCGGCUGCGCCCACAGUGGGGCCCCAGCUGGAGGGCCCGGAGCACCAGGCGCCCCUCACCUACUUCCCGUGGCCUCAGCCCCUAUCCACACUGCCCACCUCCACCCUGCAGUACCAGCCUCCGGCCCCAGCCCUGCCCGGGCCCCAGUUUGUCCAGCUGCCCAUCUCCAUCCCCGAGCCCGUCCUCCAGGACAUGGAAGACCCCAGGAGAGCCAUGAAUUCCCUGACCAUCGACAAGCUGCUUUUGGAAGAAGAGGAUGGUGACGCCUACGCACUCAACCACACGCUCUCUGUGGAAGGCUUUUAGGGUGCGCUCCCGCCUGAGAAUCCUGUUCCCUGAAACUGGGAUUUAAAACAGGAUUUAAAACAGGGAACAGGAUUCACAUCUGUUUGGAGUAGCCAUGUUACGACUACACUUUGCACCCCAGACUAGAAUGAUAGACUUCCCUCCUCCUUCCUUCCUUUUCCCUUCCUGCCUCUCCUUCCCUCCCUUCUAUCCUUUCUCAUUUCUUUUUCCAUUUCUCUUCCUUUUGAAAAAUGAAUUGUAGGGAUCUUAGUGAUGAUAUUGAAGCCAGCGUUGCAAGCCUAGGACCCCGGGGCUUUGAUUUCUGCCUCGAGCACUCACCGGAGUAGCAGUGUGGCUGAGCCGGCUUCGGGCCUGGAUGCCCUGCCCCACCCUCUGUCAUUUAGUGAUGGAUGCCGUGUCCUGCCGCACCUCCAAGGGCAGACCCAAUGCCAGACUCCUUGAGCUGUCAGUAUCCACAGUUGCUCCUUUGUUUGCUGUUCUCAGCGCUGGCCAGAUUUAGUCUCAGGCAGCGGAGUCUCAAGGCCUGGGGCUCAGUGAGGCGGUGGGGGGGGAGGGGGUGGUCCCGGGAGAAAAGGGAACAUCAGAGUGGGUAGGGGCUGGGUCAAGGGACAGAGGAGGGAGGGGAACGAGGUAUGGGUAUAUGAGGGGGUGGGUAGGGUUGGGUUGGAAGAAAGGUUGGGUUGAGAGAAGGAGGGGCUGAGGACCCAUUUAGCUCCAGAUUACUGGGUUAUUAAGAAGGAGAAUAAACUUAAGGAAAAUAUUGGUUUAAUGGGUGGUUUUGCUGCUCUCCUUGAGAAUACUUGCAAGGAAAGCUGGGCUCUUGUAAUCGGGAGGAUUAAUUUGCCUGACUGCCUCCUCCCGUGGGCAGACCCUCAGGGGUGCUUGCUGGGUAAGGGACCAAGACCCACCGAAGCCCAGGGGUGAUGGUGUCCUCGCUGAGUGCUGCCUCACGUGCUUCUUGCGUGUCUUAAAAACCUCCGUAAGCCACUGUUAAUGUAGAGCCAAGGCCUCCUUCCUAAACACUGUCCUUCCUGGGGGCUUCUAGAGCCUCAGCUGGAAGAACCACUAGGUUUCAUUUCGAUUUUUAUUGUUUUGCUGGGGAAACUUCAGAUUUGCAGGUGCUUGGGCACACUUGUUGCUGGGGAUGCAGAGCCGCUGUCGCGGCUGUGUGCUUUCAGAACUGGCACGUCUGUCCGCUGAUACCACUGUCAGCGUCAGGCAGACACAUUAGUUGGCAGAAUCCAUGGCCAAGGAAUAAACUUUUCUCAGAAAUGACAGCUUCGUGGACACAUUUUCUUUCCCAUCUUAAGUAAAAACUCUAGAAAGUUGCCUUUUAUUGGAUUUUUUUUCUGCUGCGGGAUUAUUUUGACCCACAUUUCUUAGCAUCUGCCUAAAAUUCCAAUACGAAUACCUUGAAUUGUUUUUAUUCAGACUUAAUAUUUAGAUUUUAAAGGUUAAAAUUUUCGAUACCAAAUUUACAUCUUUGUUGGUCAUGGCGGUGAAUAGACAAAGGAGCGGAAGUCUCAGGCCUGUUUGGUUUCCUAGAGAAAACACUAUGCAAGAUUUUUCAGCUUAUUAUUUGAGGGUUUGAGACUAUGCAGAAGCAAUCUCCAUAAGGGGGUUUAAAUUGGCAAAAACUAGCAUAGAAAUAAAGUACUUUAAGUAUUUGCUAAGAUUUAUACAGUCUUUUUUUUCUCCUUAUCUUGAGGUAAAAGGUCUUGGUUGUAAUAGUCUCUCUAGAUUUCUUCCUGGGUUUUCCUGCUAAGAUGGAAACAUUUUAAUAAAGAUUUACUCAGA